AUGUCAGACAAUGUGCCUUUCGAAAUUCAAGAGGAAAUCAUCAAAAGGCUUCCUAUCAAAUCAUUGAUCCAAUUCCGAUUGGUCUCCAAAGCCUGGAAGUCUCUCAUUAGCAGUAGUGCUUUUAUUGCAGAUUACAGCGCCCCACACCCACAGCUGCAACAUCUACUCGUGAGGUAUGAUCAUCGACAUAUUUCUCCGCCAACAUAUUCUUCAGUUGUCGAUGAUCAUACUUUACCCAACAACCAGAGAGUUUCCCUCACUCCUCCCCCGUUGAUUAACUGGCUUAGAGAUUCUCUAAUAACUGGCAGCUCUCAUGGCUUGUUGUGUUUGCGCUGUUUUUAUGGCGAUGACAGAUAUGGUCUUGGAACCAGAAUGGCUGUUUUGGGGUUUGUCCAGAGACUAAAUGACCCUAAGAUUGUCAAGAUCACAGAAAUUAAUACGUGGAGUGAUACGGAAAGUGUAACUCUCAUCCCUUGGCAGGUUGAGGUUGUUGUAGAUGGGUUCUGUUAUUGGCUUGCUACUGAUAGGAGUACUAUAGAUCCUGGAUUUGACGCUUAUAAUCUGAUUAUUUCAUUUCAUGUGACAAGGGAAGAGUUUGCAGAAGUAAGCCUACCUGAGAGUUUAGUAUAUGAGGGGUCUAUUGAUUAUUUGAACAUCUCUAAUCUAAGAGAGUCUCUUGUUGUGCUUGAUCAAAAUACGCAAGAGAAUGUUUGUUAUGUUUGGUCAAUGAAGGAUGGUGCAUGGAAGUCGUUUACAAAGCUAUUCACUAUUUACUCACCAGAUGCAACGCUACUAAGUGUACUAGAAUUUAGGAAAAGUGGUGAACCUGUAAUUGAAAUUGUAGAUAAUGAUGCUGACCCGCGUUAUGUCCCGUCAUUGCUUGCCAUUUAUGAACCCAAAUCAAAACACAUCAGUAAUCUUGGGUUUAAUGGAACAGGUUCAUUUUUUGUGCAUUCCUACAAGGAAACACUACUUUUGCUUGACCAACCAGAAUUUACGGUUUAUGCCAAAGGUAAAGGCUACAUCGUUAAGCAGAGAGCUGAGAUUAUAAGCCUUUUGAAGCAUACCAGCAAGGUAAUGAAUCAUUUUAAUUUCUUUGCUCAUUCUAUUAUCCAUUGA